GCCAAUCGUCUAACUUACAAAACAUAAAUAACAACUACUUUUUCUUACUCUUUGGCUAGUUUCUGCACAUGACAACAUAUUUAAACAAUUCUUUUCACUGUUUACGUACCUCAAAAAGAAAACCAGUUCUAUUGUAGACCAUAUUAUUAUUUCUUAUAUUUAUUUACAAUGGGUAAAACCUCAAAGGACAAACGAGAUAUAUAUUACCGACUGGCCAAAGACGAAGGCUGGAGGGCCAGGAGUGCCUUCAAGUUGAUCCACGUGGACGAAGCCUACGGAAUUCUAAAUGGUGUUCAGCGGGCAGUCGAUCUGUGUGCUGCUCCUGGCAGCUGGUCCCAGGUGCUCUCUCGGAAACUCUACGAUACCUGUGAAACGGACGAUGAAAAGGCCGCUGUUAAGAUCAUAGCCGUUGAUCUGCAGGCCAUGGCCCCGAUCCGAGGAAUACUCCAGCUCCAGGGAGAUAUUACAAAGCAGUCGACCGCCGAAGCAAUCAUCGGUCACUUUGGUGGGAAUGAGAAAGCCCAGCUGGUGGUCUGCGAUGGAGCGCCCGAUGUCACCGGUGUCCAUGAAAUGGACGAGUACAUGCAGCACCAGUUACUUGUGGCUGCUCUCAGCAUUGCCACCUGUGUACUGGAAACUGGCGGAACUUUUGUGGCCAAGAUUUUCAAGGGUAAUGCCACAUCGUUAUUGAGCUCCCAGAUGCAGAUAUUUUUCAAAAAAUUUGACAUCUACAAGCCGCCGAGUUCGCGCCCUUCGAGCAUUGAAGCGUUUGUAGUUUGCUCCGGCUUUUGCCUUCCCGAGGGCUACAUUCCUCAAGUGAUUAACCCUGCUCGCGACGAUAUACGGCUGCUGGCACAGAAAUCAGGGUCGGAAGUAAACCGUCGUCUAGUUCCUUUUAUAGCCUGUGGAGACUUAAAUGGGUUGAGUGAUCCCGAAGAGGACAAGACUUCCUCCUCAGAUGAAUCCAAAUCAUGUUUAGAGUAUGUUUACGAUUCUGUUAUGGACGACGCAUCUUAUCCCCUGGAAUUUAAGGAGAUUCUAAUGCAAGUCUAUGAUGAACAACUCCAUAUCAAAUAAAUAUUUAUAAAAUAAAACAAGAAAAAUUAAA